AUGUCUGGAAGGCUGUGCUCUAAGGCCAUUUUUGCUGGCUAUAAGCAGGGUCUACGGAACCAGAGGGAACACAAUUCUCUUCUAAAAAUUGAAGGUGUAUAUGUUCGAGAUGAAACUGAAUUCUAUCUAGGCAAGAGAUGUGUUUCUGUGUACAAAGCAAAGACCAACACAGUAACUCCUGGUGGAAAACCUAACAAAACCAGAGUAAUCUGGGGAAAGAUAACUCGAACUCAUGGAAACAAUGGCAUGGUUUGUGCCAAAUUCCAAGGCCAUUGGACCCAGAAUCCAUGUGAUACUCUACCCUUUGAGGAUUUAA